AUGAACCCAACAUCCUCGGAUCCUCAGACUUUGGGCCCAAAGACAACUGUUACUUUCCCAACUUCUUUACCCCAAUCUGAGUGCUUCGACCCUUUUCCCUAUUUUAAAUCUACUCCUCCUCCAGUGUGUCAACAAAGUACAAAUAAUGGUCAGUUAAAUGACCUAGUGGUGGAAUCAACAGAAAUUGAAGCAACUGCAGUAGUGGGUUCCCUAAUUAGGUUCAAGAUCGACCCCAAUAAUCGCAUCCUAGCUGAAAUCCUUGGUGUAUCAGAAACACAACUCCUAGAUGUUGAGAUUAUCGAUGCAAGGGCUUGUUGGGGAUCUACUAAUUUUGGUGUCAAUCGUACUAACUCUUAUGGUAGGUCUGGAGGUUUACUAAGUCUGUGGGAUAAUAAGAUGUUCACUUCUACUGAAGUUAUAUCUUCUUGUAAUUACCUGAUCAAUAUUGGCACUUGGGAAGGCAUCCCGAGACCACUAAUGUUUGCUAAUAUUAAUGGACCACAACCGGUACGUGAGAAAGCACUGUUAUGGGAAGAACUGAAAGGAAUCAUACAAGCUAUUGAUGGUGUGUGGAUCAUGAUGGGUGACUUUAAUGCUGUAAGGAGAUCUGAAGAGAGAUUCAACUCAAUUUUGAUGCUCUCGUACAACUAG